CUUGGGCGCGCUUCUAACACCUCCUCGUCAGCUUCACCCCAGCUCUCUGCACAGAAGAAUCCACGUUAAACCCAUGAAAAAAGUCGCGAAGCUUUCAAAACUGUGCCGAUAACCACAGGAUAAGACAGCGCGAUCCUUCAUUCGCUGCAAGGGGAGGCAGUCUGCCCCUCGAUUGCAGAUAAAGGCGGCAGUCUAUGUCGCUGACCACUCUUUAGACGUCGAAGACGGAAAGUACAGGCGGUGAAAGAUGCUGAUGACAAGAUUUUUCCAACGUUAAAGAAGAGUGCGAUAAGUCUAAAAAAGCUGAACUUUCAGAUUGGUGGAAGAGUUGAAUAAGCAAGCAUCAGCACAAACAACAAAAGUGAAAGGAGGACCAAAAAAAAGAGGCUUGGUCCGAAAAGUCAAUUAACGUUACGACCCCAAAUAGGUCCUAUUUUUUCUGAGUAAAAGGGUCCUUCAUCAACCAGCAAGAUUUCGUCCAAAAGCAGACAAGAGGAUCGCCCUGCGCUGACAAGACUAGUCGGCAGGAAGCGGUUGCUAGCGGCUGGGGUUCUAGGAGUCAUCAUGGUCUUGGUACUGGUGAUUUUGAUCCCGGUCUUAGUCAACUCUGCGGGGACUUCCGCCCGCUAUGAGAUGCUCGGCACCUGCAGAAUGGUGUGUGACCCUUAUGGGACUAAAUCUCCAACGACAGCCACGGCCGACACCGUCAGAGACAACCGGCUUGCCCAAUCUCUGCCGACUUUCAUACAGGGGCCAAAGGGGGAGCCGGGACGCUCGGGAAAGGUUGGCCCUAGGGGGCCUCCGGGGGAGCCGGGGCCACCCGGUCCAAUGGGCCCGCCCGGCGAGCAAGGAGAUCCCGGGCGUCCUGGAUUACCCGGACCGCCGGGGGCGAAUGGCCCUACAGGGGCAAUCAGCGCGGCUACAUAUAGCACUGUCCCCAAAAUAGCAUUCUACGCCGGCCUAAAAAAGCAACACGAGGGAUACGAGGUGCUGAAGUUCGAUGACGUUGUAACAAAUCUGGGCAAUCACUAUGAUCCCACGACGGGGAAAUUCACCUGCUCUAUUCCGGGGAUAUACUUCUUUAUUUAUCACGUACUGAUGCGCGGAGGCGACGGGACCAGCAUGUGGGCUGAUCUUUGUAAAAACAAUCAGGUGCGGGCCAGUGCCAUCGCCCAGGACGCUGACCAGAACUAUGACUAUGCUAGCAACAGCGUGGUUCUGCACCUAGAGCCCGGGGAUGAGAUAUACAUAAAGCUGGACGGGGGCAAGGCCCACGGCGGAAACAAUAACAAGUACAGCACCUUCUCUGGGUUCAUCAUCUACGCCGACUAGCGGAGGCCUUCCUCCCCGGCCCGAGUUUGCGCCCCGUCCUGGUUUUUCCGACGUCACCUCCUCGGUUAUCCUUUCCCCUCUGUCCCGAUGGGAAGGAGGCAGAGCCCCUUUUCGACUCCUCCGUCAUUCCCAGAGAAGCAGGCCUGCGUGGCGAAAGAUCCGCAGAUGGGCGACCCGGCCUCCGACCCCUAGCAGGGAAACCACGGCAACCACAGGCCCCCUCCGUGUGGGGGCACCCGUGCCUGCCUCGCUAUGAAAACAACACCAACAAAAUGUAAACACGAGAUGAUUUUAAAUGUAAACAGAAAAAUAGCCACAG